CGGCCUCCCCGCGCAGCCCCGGGCCCGCCAUGGCCCAGCAGAGAGCCCUGCCCCAGAGCAAGGAGACGCUGCUGCAGUCCUACAACAAGCGGCUCAAGGAUGACAUCAAGUCCAUCAUGGACAACUUCACCGAGAUCAUCAAGACCGCCAAGAUUGAGGAUGAGACACAGGUGUCAAGGGCCACUCAGGGUGAACAGGAUAAUUACGAGAUGCAUGUGCGAGCAGCCAACAUCGUCCGAGCUGGCGAGUCCCUGAUGAAGCUGGUGUCUGAUCUCAAGCAGUUCCUGAUCCUCAAUGACUUCCCAUCAGUGAACGAGGCCAUCGACCAGCGCAGCCAGCAGCUGCGUGCCCUGCAGGAGGAGUGCGACCGCAAGCUUGUCGCCCUGCGUGAUGAGGUCUCCAUCGACCUGUAUGAGCUAGAGGAGGAGUACUACUCGUCCAGCAAAGCUGAUGCCGAUUCCUGGGCUCCAGAGCAGAGCCCCUGGCCAGAGCAUUUGAUGGACAGACAGUUCACAGCCACCAUCAGGCCUGAGCCUUUCCCUCCAUGCAGAGGGAUGGAAAUCAUAGGACGUCUGGUAUGGAGGAGGCUGAGUCUGGAGAAUGGUGUCCCCCAGGACAGGGGAGCCCUCCUCUGGGCAGAACUUUCUGGGCCUUGAUUCUGGAUCUUGAAUCCAUACCCAGGCGGUCCAGUCCAAGCCAUGCCCCUUUCUAGGAUACCACUGCUUGCCCAGGGAGGCAAUGCCGUGUACAUGUGGCUGAACCCUACGCUGUGGAUGAGGGGCGGCCCUGGAGGGAGGACAUGGGGUGUCUGGAUGUUGCUGUCAGGUCAGCUCUGUGCUGGCACUGGGUGCCACAGAGCAGGACCUGUCAUUGCAGCUCUCACAGGGCCACUUAGAAUCCUGAGACUGAGCCAGAGGGACCGGGAAAUCCCUCCCACGUAACUUACCUGGGAAACAGAGGCUGGAGACCUGAGGCCUUCCACCCUUCCCCACUAGCUUCUAACAUACACAUUCAGUGUGU